AUAUUCACACUGUUUCCUGUGUCAUUGUAACGUCCAACUUAGUUCCAGUCUGUCUGCCGCUUCUAUCGAGUUACACGUAUUUAGUGCCGUAUAAACUUUUGUUUACAAAUGUUGUUAAAAUGCCAACUGAAAUUAUGACAACACCGUUCGAUCUCGGCAGUGAUACAAACUUAACUACAGAAUCUUUUGCAUCCCCAUCAACAUGGCUCAACAAAAGCGAUAUUACUUCUGUUACAGCCUCAGGCGCAGAAGUUUCGAUCACAGAAAGUGUUAGUAACGCGAUUGACGUUAAGAAGUCAUUUCACAGUGAAUCUGGAGAUACUUUAUCAUUGUUCAGCGCUUUCAUUAUAAUUGAAAUUGUUAUGACAGCUUUGGAAUUAAUAAUAUCGAUUACAGCAGCUCUGAAGAUACAGCGUUGGAGGAGGAAUUACAGAAACCAAAUGUUAAUGCAGCUAAGUCUUGUUCGGUUCUUGAAAAGAGUAGUGCUUACAGUUAUUUAUUUAAAAGAAAAUAAUUUAAUAACCACCGGAACACAACUGGAUGCGGCAGUGUUGGGCUGUCAAACGUACAUAGAUUUUGUUAUAGUUAUUUUGGUUUUCUUUUUUAUUAAGCAUAUGUAUGAUAGUUUAAUUGUAGUGUUGAUAAAAAUAAGUCAAAAUAAUUUAUACAAAGUAUUGAUAUGUUCUUGGCUAUUGCCAUUACCAAUCGCUAUUAUUUUUACUACAGUAGUUGUAACUAAUGUGUUAGAUAAGUGGCUCAUGUACUUACUAAUUUGUUCUAUAUUUAGAUGGCCGCUUAUGCUUAUAGGCACUGUACUUUACUUAAUGAUACUACAUAAAGUUUUAAAAGACAAAAUUAGACAAUUCGCUAGAAGUUUAACGGUUAUAACCUUUUUAUUGUGUUUAGUGAUAAACUUUUAUUUAUUUUCAAGAGAUGUUAUUGAAUUGUGGUGCAGCCAUUCUUUUUCAACUUUGCUUGUAAGUUACUUAUUAGGAUUUCUUUUAAAUUUCCUGAUUCUUUGCCUUUAUAUUAUAUUAAUUAUACUAAAUUUUAAAUGUAAUGUAAAAUCUUUAGAAUCUCAGACCAAUCAUAGUGUAGGUUAUUAAUGAUGAACUAAAACUUCUACUGUAUGUGAUAUUUAUAUUCCUACAAUCCAGUAAAUUACUAAUUACUUACUUAACCAAGUAAAUUACUAAUUAUAAUCACUGUACAUAAUGUAAAUAAAAUUAUUUAUUAAAGUGAUGUGUAGUUAAUAAUAUCUAACCACCUAGUUUAUAUUUGCACAUUCGUACAAGCAGAUUUGGUAGAUGGCAUGAAAACCGUAUAUGACUUAUUUUGUUACAGUAAACUUGGACAAAUGCUUAUAUUUAUUUGUUGACUUAACUUGACUCUACUCAAGAAGUUCAGCAUUAGAUAUUAAUA